UACAAAAGGCAGGAGAGGAAAGAGGGAGAGACAAAGCCAACAGGUUGAUCUGGAUUACAUCAAUAGUCACACCCUCCUGACUUUAUGAACAUAGGAGAACAGGUGUUUGUAAUUCAUUAGCUAAACUGAGCUCAGCAGAGGCAGGAAUUAAUCUACGCUGCUGCUUCUCUUUCUCGGUAGCUGACCUAGUGCUUCUUUGCUUUCCCUCAUCGUAAGGAUGACAAGUCAUUCUGGGAACUUCAGUACCAGCUCCUUCACUUCUCCCAAAGCCUCUUCUAGCUGGAGAAGAGAGUGUUCUCCUUCGCAUUCUCCUCAUUCUCCAAGGGAUGGGGCCUGCAGCAGUCCUACCAUGGGAGAAGCCAGCAAGAAAAGCUUCAGUUCCUCCAGCCUCACAGGACAUGGCUACUAUUUUACCUACCCAAGAGUGUCUUUCAACGAAGAUCUCUUGACACCACUCCACCUGGAUGUUGACCCAGCUCUCCAGGAGAUAAAGACCAAGGAGAAAGAUGAUAUCAAGAUGCUCAAUAACCAAUUUGCUGCCUUAAUUGGGAAGGUCCAAAGUCUGGAACAGCACAACCAAGUUCUGGUCACAAGAUUGAACUUUUUGAAAGAACAAGACAAUUCCCUUUCUGAUUUGGACAUCAAACUUCUCUACGACCGGUACAUGAACAAACUGAAUCUCGAAAUGCGAUCCAUUGAUGCAGAAAAAGAACAGCUGGACUCAGAAAUUGAGGAAGUGCUAGUGUCUAUGGAUUCCUUCCGACAGAAAUACGAAGAAGAAAUAAACAAACGCACUGGGAUGGAAUUCACCUUCACAACACUCAAGAAGGACCUGGACAAUGGCUUUCUCCACAAGACAGAACUGGAAACAAAACUAAGUGGACUUCAUGCUUGGGUGGAGUUAAUGAGUACCAUCCAUGAGCAGGAGCUUGAGGAAGUGAUGUCUCAGGUUAAAGAUGUUUCAGUCGUGCUGGGGAUUGACAACAACAGAUACAUUCCUGACCCCCAACAGAUUGUGGAGGAUGUGAGAGCUCAGUAUGAAGAGUUGGCUAUGAAAAGCUGGGAAGAGUUGGAGGCACUCACCAGACUCAAGCUGAACGAAAGGGAAGUGUUAUGUGCUAAGUAUGGGGACCAUCUCCUUAAUGACCGGAGGGUGAUUGCUGAGUUAAAUAUACAGAUCCAAAAAUUGAGGUCUUGCAUUGUCUCUCUGAAAAGCCAGUGUCUACAUUUAGAGGAUAACAUCAAAGAUGUUGGUCUACAAGGAGAAACAGCCCUCAACGAUGCCAAAGCAAAACUGGCGAAAUUGGAAGAUGUCCUUUAUAAUGCCAGGCAAGACUUGGCUCAGCUGAUUAAGGCGUAUCAAGAGUUGAUGAAUACCAAGCUGGCUUUGGACAUUGAGAUUCUCACUUACAGGAAACUAGUAGAAGGAGAAGAAAUCAGCAUGGAGUCUCCAUCACCUGCAUUCAUUAGCAAAAUCUACUCCGUACCAAAGUCCUUUUUACCGGAUUCUGGCAUCACAUAUGUCCCAGAUGUGGCAUCAGGAGCAAAAGAUAUGACAAAUAAAAUGAUCCAUAGUGGAAGCAGUUUGGUAACUGGACUUUCUAGAAGUCACAAUGAAAAUGGAGCCAUGACUGAGACUCUAGCUGUCAAAGCCCACAGUGAGACUCGUGACAAUAUCCAAGAGGGCUCUGAUUUUGGAAGUCCAAGUCAUAGAAAUGCAGAAUUUUUGUCCUCCAAAUUUUCCAGAACUGAAAGUGGGGAAAGCAGUAAUUCCUCUGGACGUAGAUACCAUAGUAGAAAAGAAAGUGUACCAGCUGGUUACCAGUCUCAAAGCCAAGGCAGCAGAGAGUUUACAGAGAAUGCUUUUGCUAGAAGUCUCAGUGGUGGUAUCUCAAAAGACAGCCCUUUUAGAAGUUACAGUGGAAGUAGUGCGUCCUAUAUAGAAGGCUGGCUUUCUAGAAGUCAGAGUAAUGAAAACGAAUGCAGAAAUGUUCAUGAAAAUGAAGGAUAUGCUGAACCUGUUUCCACAACCACAAAUGCUGAAGAUGAUGGGGUCCUUGAAGGUGGCUUUUCUGGAACUCACAAUGAGAUAAACAGCGACAUCUCACAAGUCAACCUAUCUAGAAGCCAGAAUGAUGAACCUGAAUCUAGAGGCAGCCAUGAAGAAUUUGCUGAACCUAUACUUUCGAGAACAAGGAGCACUGAAGAUGGUGGAGUCCCUGUAGGUGGCAUUUCUGAAAGCCACAGCAAGGCCAGCAGAAAUAGUUCAUUGGAUGGCUUUUCUAAAAUACAAAGAGACCAAAGUCAAGACUCUACAGAUACUAUCUUCAGUGAAGGCCACACUGAAGGUAUACAGGAGAGCAACCUUCAUCAUUACUCCAGUAACACCGGUAGUAACACAGCCUACGUAGAGGGUAGUGUUUCUCGGAGCCUUAGUGGUGAGAAAAAAUCUGUCUCAAAGGAUGGUGGCUUUAGAACCCCAAGUAUAAGAAGUACAACUUUAAGUGACAGUGUGUUUAUCAGAAGUCCUACCAAUGUAGAUGAAGUUGUGUGUGAGGAGACAGAUUUAAAAAUUCAUAGUGAUGCAAGAGAAAGUACUUUGGAAAGUAGCAUUUCAGGGGAUCCUAGUCCCAGAAGUGAAGAACUUUCACUGCCUGAACUUUCUGGACUCCACACAACAGAGAAUAGAGGCAUCCCAGAUACUAAUCCUGCCCUUUUUGUACAUGGGAGAAAAAGCCAAUCAGAGAGUGGUUUUUCUAUAAACUACACCGACAGAAAAGGAGGCUUGACUCAAAGUGUUUUUGCCAGACCUCACAGUGUUCCAGAUAAAGCCGACUACCCCAGCAGUGUGACAGAUGGAAGUCAAGGUUUCGUCAAAGCUGUGGUUUCUAGACUCAACAGAAGCAUUUUGGAAGGUGGUUCCUCCAGAGGUCAAAGCAGCAGAAGAGGAGGAUUUGUAGAUGUCGGUCUUAUGAAAGACCAGAGUCAAGAAAUCAAAGAAAGUCAUGGGGAUAAAAGAUAUCCAGAUGGUGAUGCCAGAAGUGCAAAUGAGACAAAGGAAGGUGUCUUACCAUCUGGCCGUUCCAGAAUUGAACAUGAACAAGCGGGCAGCUUCUCUAGAAAUCUCAACGAUAGUAUAAGUCCUGUAGAGACCUCCACUCCUAUUCAGGAUCACAGAAAGGAGGAAGAUGCUGCCGAACGUAGCUUUUCUAGAAGCCACAGUGGAGAAAGUGGGAGCUUUAAAGCAGCUGAUUUAUUAUCGAGAAGCUCCAAUGAAGAAAGCAGAGAUAUCCAAGAAGCCAAUAUUUCUACUAGUUGCGACAAAGAAAAUGAAAAAUGUACCGAGGGCAUGAUUUCUAGAAACUACAGUUAUAAAUGUGCAGUUACAUCACACCCUGGAACUGAAAGCAACAAGGCUGAAGAGGUUCUAGAAAGCAGCCUGUAUGAAAGCCACAGUUCUGAAAGUGGAAAGCUUUCCCCAUCUGGAACUUAUACAGGCCAAAGUGGUGAAAGAGAAAGUCAGUCUGAUGCUUCUAGAAGCUACAGCAACACGGAUGAAGUUGCAAUGAAUAAUCCGUGAAUAAGCCACGACAGCAGAAAUGAGUGAAAAGCCAGCAUCCUCAGAUCCCAUUACCUUGGCCUGUGAAGUUUGCUCUGAUGUGUAUCACUACUUUUCUUCUGGUGAAAUGUUAUUAUAUUACAACCAUUCACAAAGUAAGUGUCUCACAAACGCAUAAAUAGGACUCAGAUACCACGUUCUAGAAGCUUAAAUUCAUCUAAAGACUGAUGGAUUGUGGAUGGGAAUCCAUAAAAAAAUGGUUUCUGUUAUCAACAUAACAAUAAGACGCAGAUUUCUGCAGGCUUGAAGAUGCUGACCCAAUCUUCUUUGGCUAUUAUAAUUUGUGAGUCAUGUUCAGAACAAUUUCUAAUGCUAUACUUUAUGGUGAGGGGACUAAUAUUGCAGUUAUAGUACAGACCUUAACUGCUACAAAACAUGCCAACAGUAUAUCAUUUUUAACCAGUAUUAUUUACUAUAUGUUGUUUGUUGUACUUUUUCUGUUAUUUACAUAUAUUAUACCAAAGUUGAAAUAUGCAUUAAAGCAAAUAGCAUGAGGCUUUGCAAAAAAGCUUAUUUGAUGGAAACUAGUCUACUUCACUGCUGAUCUUUGAUUUCAAGAAUCCUCUUUUGAGUUGAUCUACUGAAUUCUUAAAAGCAAAAAAAAUAUGUUUCUCAUUUGCUUAGAAGGCUUUUGAAAACCUUAAUGGACACCAGCAUGCUUACUGAAAACUCACCAGCCAGUUCUUGAAGGAGCUGUUUUUAGCCCAGUCUGUUAUUAAUCUGUUUUGUCUUGUCUGCCUCAGCAUUCUCUUAGAUCAGGGGUGUCCAAACUUGGCAAUUUUAAGACUUUUGGACUUCAACUCCCAGAAUUCCUCAGCCAGCUUUGCUUAGACAACCCUGCCUUAGAUGGUUUCAUUUCUAUUAUUUGCACAUCUAUGCAGAUGGAUAAGCACAAUCCAGAGACUUCGUACAUUGCCUGACCACUGUAGAAUCCAAUGCAUCCUGUCACCUUUGAUUAUAACAGUCUCAAAUUUAAAUCUUUACUCAAGCCUUUGAACUGCUGAUAGAAAUUCAGCUGCAGAUAAUUGAAAAUUCAUGCUUCCUUUUCAGUGAGGGUAAACGUGUGGCUAGGAAUGGGUAGAAAUAUUAAUAACCAUCAUUUAACUCAUAGUUUUAUAUAGCAAUUUGCAUGCAGAAUAGGGAGGAGAGGGAAAAUGUGAAAAGUAUAGUUGAAAACAAGCUAAUGGCGUUUUGCCCAAAUUUAGCUCAUAUUGUCUAUCAAAACAUAACCACAUUAUGUUUAUGCUAGCAUGUUGUAAUUCUGGGGACAUGGCAACAGGUGGGGGAAUAUUUUUUGUAUAUUUAUAUAAACCUAGAUAUAAAUACGCCUUUUCUUGUAUUUUCACACUACAGCCAGAAUUAUAAAACUGAAAUUGGGUACUGAUAAUCAAGGAUUAGGAAUCCUAAUUCCUAAUGGUGAUCAGAGCUAAAAAAAAAAAAAAGGAUAGGAAAUUACAAGUACAGUUUAAGGGCCUGAGUCUCAGGUUUGUUCUAAUAUUGAAUUUGAUAAGUAUAAAAAAUGCACUACUUCCAAAACAGAAUUAUUUAUAUUUAAUUACAAAACCCAGUUAUUUAUAUUUAAUUCCAGAUGUUGUAUUAAUGUUAUUUGUCUCCCUGUUCUCCAUCAAUUAAUCAUCCAUUCAUUAUUUCUGAUAUGAAUAGGAAUUCUCACCAUUUAAAGCAGGAGUCUCCAAACUUGGCAACUUUUAGACUUGUGGACUUCAACUCCCAGAGUUCCUCAGCCAGCAAAGCUGGGAGUUCAGCUGGGAGUUGAAGUCCACAAGUCUUAAAGUAGCCAAGGUUGGAGACCCCUGGUUUAAAGUGUCCUGUUACCAACUGAAUCUAAAAAUCACACUUUGAUCAAAGAAAAAGCGUGAUUUCUGGAAUAUAUUCCUUCAGCAGAUAGGGGUAAAUUUCUUGGAAAUUUAUCCAAAGGCACUAAUUAUAUUUUCUGAAUUUUGACCUAACGCAAGUUGUCUCAUGUAUAAUCGUUCCUUCAUCAAAGGAUCUACGUUCAGUUUGAUGAUUAUGCAGAUGAAAUUAUAUCACCUUUUGGCUAUUCCAGAAAAACCAUUAAGAGCAAAGUACAAUCUUUAAAAAAUGAAGAUGCAAACCACACAUGUGAUUCCACCAGUCAGAUGUUAUACAGAUGUUAUAAUGGGGCUGUGUCUUUAUGCAGUACAGUUAGAUUAAGGGUGCCUGAAGAUAACUGGGGCUUGGAAUAAACGUAACAAAGCCAAUUAAUAGGCAAACAUGGUCAAAAGUAGUGCUAGAAUACACAAAAAGGAGAAAGUUUCAAUUGCUGAAUAAAAUUGCGGAAUAAAAUUGCUGAAUAAUUGGCUUCUUUUGCUCUAGGCCCUUCGACUACUUCUGAGUUUUUUGCUACCAUAAAUUAGCAGAAUUCUCUUCCUACAAUCCCACAAAGCUCUAACUGAUAUCUUAGUUUAGGUGUCUUGUCUUGUGUGCCAUGGAAGGGAAUGCAAUUCCCAGUAUUAGGCGUUGGUUAACAAAAACACAGAACUUUAUAACAUGAACACAGAGGUCACCGAUGAAGCUAGAUCAAAGGAUGGGAACUAAUAACAAGCAAGUGCAAUUUUAUGCAUACGUAUAUAGGACUGAUUGAUUGGUUGUUUACGUGCCAUCAAAUAAUUUUUGACUACUAGGGAUCAAAUGAAUUCCUUGUAACUACUCCCUGAGCAAACAUGCAAUACAGAAACAAGCUGAAGAAGGGGAAGGAUGCUUCCGACACAAAUAUGAUGAAAGAAGGACACUUUGUGCAACUUACCUUGCAACUUUAUGCAACUUGACGUCAGGAAACUGCACGGAGGAAGCAGACAGCCAUGUGGAAAAUUAGAAGGAGAGAAAAAGGCCAAAAGAGUUGGGUGAUUGUCGUAACAGUGGUUAUUUCACAUUCCUUAAUCUUGAUAAAGAAAACAGUAAACAGGAUGUUUAAAGCUGCCUUUUUCGUAAGUGUUGUGUUCACCCGUUUCUAAAGCAAAAAUUUUAACACCUAUGCAUACAGUGGUAAAUUGAAAAUCAGAUAUUGUGCUAACAAGGAAGUAGUAAAUAAAAAAUCGGAAAUUA